ACACUGGACCCCAACACGGCCCAGAGACACCUCUCUCUGUCUGAGGACAACAGGAAGGUGACGCGGGUUGGAGAGGACCAGUCGUAUCCGGAUCACCCAGAGAGAUUUGGCUCCCAGUACCAGGUGUUGGGUAGAGAGGCUCUGACCGACCGCUGUUACUGGGAGGUAGAGUGGGAAGGAUGGGUUGUGAUAGGAGUGACAUACAGAGGAAUCACAAGGAGAGGAGGGGGUGGUGACAGCAGGCUUGGAGGGAACAACAAGUCCUGGAGUCUUUAUUGUUAUGAUGAUCGUUACUCUGCCUGGUACAACGGUACAGAGACAGACCUCCCUCUCCGCCCCGCUGGCUCCACCAGAGUGGGAGUGUAUCUGGACCGGCCUGCUGGCUCUCUGUCCUUCUACAGAGUGUCCCCAGGUGGAGGAGGGUCCUCAGACACACUGACACACCUCCACACCUUCUGGUCCUCCUUCACCCAGGAGGACCUCCUCGCAUGGAGACGCCUCAGCCACAGCCCCUCCACCCCCUCAGCUGGAGGGGCACAGCUCCAGGUCAUAAAGGGUCUUCGUCGGGGCCAGUCCAAGGUGGUUCUGAUCUGA